AUGAAAUUAUUAUUAUUUAUUAUUGUAUUUGUUGAUUGUAAAUAUUUAAUUAAUCCUAUUCUUACAAGUCUUAAGAGUAAAGAUUUACCAGAAGAUGCUACUCUAGAUUAUGCUUACAUGACUAAAAAUAGAACUACUAAACCACAAAUAGAACAUGAACCAGUGGAAUCAGUGGAUACUGAGACUAAAGAAUCUGAAAUUAGGGAACCUGGAAUUGGUAAACAUAAUUCAGAAGAAUUAGAAAAUUUGGUUAAAGGAAAUUUAGCUACAAAUAAUGCACAAAGUGGUACAUUUGGUGAAAAUAGUGGUAAUAUGAGUAAUAAUACAAAUUCAAAUAAUACUACAACAAAUAAUUAUCAUACUGAAAAAGGUUUUAAAGAUGAUAUACCAGUAGGAACAAUGCAAACUACACCAAAUAUUAAAAAUACUACAGAUACAUCAAAUCAUAAAGGAGAUACAUCAACAUUUGUAACAAAUAAUUUUUAUAAUCCAUCAAAAAAUGAUAAUAAUAUAACAAUUGGUGGUGAAUUGGAAUAUGAAUAUUUAUGGAAACGUAUUUAUGAUAUUGAUGAAAAAUUAUCAGAAUUAAAUCCAAUUAAUUUGAAUCCAAAUAAUUUGAAUCCAUUAAAAAGAAAAGGUAUUGUUUUUUCUUUAAAUCGUUUAAUUUUAUUAUUUUCUAAUUUGUUUAUUAUUUUUGGAUUUUUUUUCUUACUUGGUUCUAAUAAAUUUUUUAUAUUCUUUUCUAAAAGAAGAAAAGGUACUGGAUUUUAUCUUAUUGGUGUAUCAUUAAUUGUUAUUCCUAUUUAUGAAUUAAAUAAUAAAUUCGGUAUUUAUAUACAAUUAUUUGGUAUCAUUUUACAAUUAUUUGGAUGUUAUUACUUAUUUCAUGAAUUCUUACCCAAUCUCAUUAGUUAUCUUAAACUCACACCACUCAAUACACUUUUUAAAAUCAAUUUCAUUAAUAAAUUAUUCAAUUUUCUAACACUUAAACAAUUACCAACGUAG